UUUUAAAAGUUUUAUAUCCACCCUGUGGCCCUCCUCUGCCUUAGCCUCUACCACCUCUUAUUUGCUGUUUCUACAGCUGCCUCCCUGGUCUCUUCACUUGUAGUUUCUUCUACUUAGUUCACACCACAGAGGCUAUUCUGACCAGCAGAUCUUAUGACAUCACUCCUUUACAUAAUAUAUUCCAGUGCCCCCUGUCCUGCUCCUAGUUCAGAGCCCCUGGUAUUCACAUAACUGCUGGUCUCACCAACUGACUCCUCACUACUUCCUGCCUCCAGCCUCCAUGGUAUCAUGAUUCUUGCAGAGUGAGGCAGGGGCAGACAUUCUUCCAUAUAUCCGGCUUGUUUCCCUGCACCUGUCCUGGGCUGGCACUGGAGCAGUUGUAGGGACUUCCUACAUACUCCCUUUCCUCCUCCCACUCCUCCCAGGAACUGGAAGUGCUUGCAGAGAGACCUGUGUUAAACCUGCCACCAUCCCUUAUUCACCACGACAUUUCAGCUCAAUUGUUCCUUCAACAAAUAGUUACUGAGUACCCACCACAUGCUUUAUGUUCUGGAAAUCCAGUUGUAAGCAGCGCAGAAUGAUCUCCACUCUUGGGUAGCUUACAUUCUGGGGGUGGGAUGGGAGAAAGAUAACAGUAAACAAAUAAUACUAGUAGUGAUAGCUGACAUUUAUAUGGUGUUCUGCGUGCCAAGUCCUGUUUGAAGUACUCUACAUGAUUCACUCAUUUAAUCUUUGAAACAAGCCUAUGAGAUAUUAUUGGUGUCCCUAUUUGACAGAUGAGGAAAACUGAGUUCCAUGGAGAUUAAGUAACUUGUCACACAGCUAGUAAAUGACAGAGUAGAGAUUCACAUUCAAGCAGUUUGGUUUCAGAAUCUGUGCUUAUAACCCUACGUUACAAAAGAAAAUUGUGAUUAGUACUAGGUAAAAAAGAAAUGAACAGAGUGCUGUGACAGAGAGUACUGGAAUUUUCUGUGUUGAGGGAUACUACUUAAAAGGCAACAUCUGAGCAGAGCAUUGAAGGAUGCAAAGAACCCAGUUACGUGAAUAACUGGAUAAAAGAAUUGGUGUUCUGGGUAGAAAAUAUUGCAGGCAGACCGGGCGUGGUGGCUCACACCUGUAAUCCCAGCACUUUGGGAGGCCAAGGCAGGUGGAUCACCUGAGGUCAGGAGUUCGAGACCAGCUUGGCCAACAUGGUGAAACCUCAUCUCUACUAAGAAUACAAAAAUUAGCCAGGCAUGGUAGCGCAUGCCUCUAGUCCCAGCUACUCAGGAGGCUGAGGCAGGAGAAUCGCUUGAACCCAGGAGGCGGAGGUUGCAGUGAGCGGAAAUUACACCACUGUACUCCAGCCUGGGUGACGGAGCGAGACUCCAUCUCAAAAAAAGAAAAUAUUGCAGACAAUAAAAUAAACAUUCUCUGUAGGCCUCGAUAUUCUCAUCUGAAAGGGGGACAAGGGAUUUUUUUCAGGACUGCUUUGAGAAGUAUACUUUAGCAGGAGUUGGGCAGGGGGUUGGCUUAGUUUUAUUGGCAGGGGGUUGGCUUAGUUUUAUUGGCAUUGUAUGCCUCUCCAAGGCUAACGGCUGGAAGUGCAGGAGCUGUCAUCAGUUGUUGGCCCUGGAAAUGCCCUGCAAGCUCUUUGUGGUCCCUAGGAUGAGAGGGAGCUGUCUCCAGGCCUAGGAUCCAGGACACAGAGCCCUCCACAGAAGAAGGGUGGCAGUAAAGCUGUCUGUAGCACUGACAACUUCCAGAGGAGCCUGAGGUCUUGGAUUGCAUCUCUGAGCUCUGCAGCCAGAUGGAACAGCUGGAGCGAGAGAACCAGCAACUGAAGGAGGGGGCUGCAGGAGCAGGGGUUGCCCAAGCUGGGCCCAUCGUGGACGGGGAGCUGCUGAGGCUACAGGCUGAAAACACAGCCUUGCAGAAGAAUGUGGCAGCCCUGCAGGAACGCUAUGGGAAAGAAGCCGGGAAGUCCUCAGCUGUCAGUGAGGGCCAGGGGGACUCCCCAGGGGGCCCUGCCCCCACCAUCCUGGCCCCCAUGCCACUGGCAGAGGUGGAGCUGAAAUGGGAAAUGGAGAAAGAGGAGAAGAGAUUGCUCUGGGAGCAGCUGCAAGGCUUAGAGAGCUCAAAGCAGGCCGAAACAUCCAGGCUGCAGGAAGAACUUGCUAAGCUCUCGGAGAAACUGAAAAAGAAACAAGAAAGUUUUUGCCGUCUGCAGACAGAAAAGGAGACGCUAUUUAAUGACAGCAGGAACAAGAUUGAGGAAUUACAACAACGGAAAGAAGCUGAUCUCAAAGCUCAGUUGGCUCGAACUCAGAAGCUGCAGCAGGAACUUGAAGCUGCCAAUCAGAGCUUGGCAGAGCUGAGAGAUCAGCGGCAGGGGGAGCGCCUGGAACAUGCGGCAGCUUUGCGGGCCUUACAAGAUCAGGUAUCCAUCCAGAGUGCAGAUGCACAGGAACAAGUGGAAGGGCUUUUGGCCGAGAACAAUGCCUUGAGGACUAGCCUGGCUGCCCUGGAGCAGAUCCAAACAGCAAAGACCCAAGAACUGAAUAUGCUCCGGGAACAGACCACUGGGAUGGCAGCUGAGUUGCAGCAGCGGCAGGCUGAGUACGAGGACCUUAUGGGACAGAAAGAUGACCUUAACUCCCAGCUCCAGGAGUCAUUACGGGCCAAUAGUCGGCUGCUGGAACAACUUCAAGAAAUAGGGCAGGAGAAGGAGCAGUUGACCCAAGAACUACAGGAGGCUCGGAAGAGUGCUGAGAAGCGGAAGGCCAUGCUGGAUGAGCUGGCAAUGGAGACGCUGCAAGAGAAGUCCCAGCACAAGGAAGAGCUGGGAGCAGUCCGUCUACGGCAUGAGAAGGAGGUACUGGGAGUGCGUGCCCGCUAUGAACGUGAGCUCCGAGAGCUGCAUGAAGACAAGAAGCGUCAGGAGGAGGAACUCCGUGGGCAGAUCCGGGAGGAGAAGGCCCGGACACGGGAGCUAGAGACUCUCCAGCAGACAGUGGAAGAACUUCAAGCUCAGGUACACUCCAUGGAUGGAGCCAAGGGCUGGUUUGAACGGCGCCUGAAGGAAGCCGAGGAAUCCCUGCAGCAGCAGCAGCAGGAACAAGAGGAAGCCCUCAAGCAGUGUCGGGAGCAGCAUGCUGCCGAGCUGAAGGGCAAGGAGGAGGAACUACAGGAUGUUCGGGAUCAGCUCCAGCAGGCCCAGGAGGAGCGGGACUGCCACCUGAAGACCAUUAGCAGCCUGAAGCAGGAGGUGAAGGACACAGUGGAUGGGCAGAGGAUCCUGGAGAAGAAGGGCAGUGCUGCGCUCAAGGACCUCAAGCGGCAGCUGCAUCUGGAGCGGAAACGGGCAGACAAGCUGCAGGAGCGGCUGCAGGACAUCCUCACUAACAGCAAGAGCCGCUCAGGCCUUGAGGAGCUGGUUCUCUCAGAGAUGAACUCACCAAGCCGGACUCAGACAGGGGACAGCAGUAGCAUCUCCUCCUUCAGCUACCGGGAGAUCUUGCGAGAAAAGGAGAGCUCAGCUGUUCCAGCCAGGUCCUUAUCCAGCAGCCCUCAGGCCCAGCCCCCUCGGCCAGCAGAGCUGUCAGAUGAGGAAGUGGCUGAGCUCUUUCAGCGGCUGGCAGAGACACAGCAGGAGAAAUGGAUGCUGGAAGAGAAGGUGAAGCACCUAGAGGUGAGCAGUGCCUCCAUGGCAGAGGACCUCUGCCGGAAGAGUGCCAUCAUCGAGACCUACGUCAUGGACAGCCGGAUCGAUGUGUCUGUGGCAGCAGGCCACACAGACCGAAGCGGGCUGGGCAGCGUCCUGAGAGACCUUGUGAAGCCAGGCGACGAGAACCUUCGGGAGAUGAACAAGAAGCUGCAGAACAUGCUGGAGGAACAGCUCACCAAGAAUAUGCACUUGCACAAGGACAUGGAAGUUCUGUCCCAGGAAAUUGUGCGGCUCAGCAAGGAGUGCGUGGGGUCUCCUGACCCAGACCUAGAGCCAGGAGAAACCAGCUAAAGACCUGCAGGCUGUACCCACACCCUCCCCUUCCUACCCGCUAGGAUGCCAUUCCCUUGGGCUGUGGUGGGAAAAUGAGGGCUGGAGCCAAAAUCAUAUAGGUUAGGAGACUGGACAUUAAAGGGGCUAGAGGCCUGACGGUUAGUGUUAAUUACCCUGUCUUAGGGCAGAAGCCACUGGGAAGUGGAGAUCCUGAGAGAAGAGGCAGGGAUUUCUCCUCCUUGGUCCUGGCUCCCAAGGGCUUCUGCCUUCAUCUCUGCAUGAGCUCUCCUUCCCAGAGACCAACUCUUUUUUUAUUUUAUUUUAUUUUUUAAUUUAUGUCUGGAGCCUGGCUACUCUGCAUUUGGGAUUGGGGAUGUUGGGUGGGUGUGUGGUCCAUGUUCAGCGUUCUUGCAACACGUGCGUGUGUGUAUGUAAAGGCUGUGCAGCUAAAAUACCAUCUGGCCAGACGGGCCCACCCAC